AUGCACGCCCUCUGCAACGGGAAUGAUAUACCUGUGAAGGUACCCUCCGAUCUUUGCGAAAAUCUCACCGAUAAUCGUGUUGGCCAUUCAUGGCUCUCAACUGGCUCUUUCACCGACUCGUCACAGCCUUUGCUGAAGGUCCUCUUCGAACAUCCGAGCUACUCGCUGGCGGACGUUGACGAUUCUGGCACGUUCCGAUGGCACUACGGUGGUCUGAGCGCUCUUCGCAAAGACCUCGCCGACCUGUCAGAGGAGCUCGCUGUUCUGUGUUUCAUGACUCCUGCUCCCCCUCCUCGUGGCACUGAGUUUGUCGACACUCGCCUCAGCAAUUCCCAGAUUCCACGGAACAUAUACAAGAACUAUGGAACAUGGUUCAUCCACCAGCGCACCAAGACAUCUGCACUCACGGAGUCCCUGUCAUGGACACCCACGUUAUGCCCAGAGCCCGUUGCAGAGUUGCUUGACUGGUACCUUCUUGUUGUCCGCCCCGUUGAGCGCACCAUCUCGUAUGUGCUCGAAGGGGAGGAGAGUUGGGCAGCACACAAUGAGUUUGUCUGGAUGGCCCAUGGCGAGCAGCUUAACUCUGAACAGUUUUCCAACAUUCUCGAGCGCAUCACCGACACAUACAUGGGCAUAGGCCUAUCACUCCAGUACUGGCGGCAUAUCGCUGUCUCGCUCAUGCGCGAGUUCAUUCCACCCUCCAACAUGGCUGACAACUUUGGUGACAAGUCCAUGAAUCACAAUACCAACAUGGCUCGUCGUGUCUAUGCACGUGAGGUUGGACACCUCGCUUUCCUCACCACAGAUGCCAUGCUCGAGGCUCGCCGGUUCUGCGAACCUUGGCACAAUGUUUUGGGACUUGGCAAGUUGCCUUGUCCUGUUGCCCUGCGUGUCUUGGACUACGGUACUGGUACUGGUGCGAAUCCUGCGCCAAACAUUCCCCUCGGUGCGGGUGUGGCAGGUCAGCCACCUGUUGACAUUGCACAGCUUACUACUGUGAUUUGCAGAACAGUCACAUCCACAAUGAAUGCGAACUUUGCGACACUCCAGGUCCACCUCGAAGACCUCGUGCGUGCAUCUGUUAUGCAGGGACUUGCUGCCCAACAACACUCUUCCAAUGCCCAAUCUCAUACCCCUCGUCCCAACCAGCUUCACCAACGGCAGACUGAGCGCCGCCACCAGAGCCUAUCUUAUACCCCUGAGCAACGUCAUAGCCCCAUCACCGAGGAUCAUUUCUUGGAGCCAAUGGAUAUUGAUGGGCUUCCUAAUCAUCCAGUGGCUUCUACUUCCAAUCUUGGUCCCAUCGAUUUCCACCACAACAACCUCCCUGGUACUUCGCAUGAGCCGACCCAGCUUGUCGGAACCCCCAUUGACGAGGUCCCUAUGAUCUCACAUACCAAUGCUCUGCGCGAGCUCAGGAAAGCUUUGAAGAAUAAUGCCGCAGAGUUCACUUCGGAGAGUCAGUAUCAGCUGAUAGCCUAUUCCCUCUCACGUGACCGCAACAUCAUUGGCGUACUGCCAACAGGUGGCGGGAAAAGUGCAUGUUAUGAAGUCCCAGCUAUCAUCCAUCCUGGACGACUCUCUAUUGUCUUUGUGCCAUUUGUUGCAGUGAUCCAUGACCAGCUACGGCGUGCAGCAGCCAGCGGUACCAAGGCGGCCAAAUUUGUCGCAACAAUUCCUCCUGCAGAUGACUUGCAAUUGUUGUUUGUAUCAUGGGAACAUUGUGGACAUGCAAGUCUUGUCAGCUUUAUGAACAAGGAGAAGACUCGUAUCCAUCGUGUUGUGGUCGACGAGGCACAUCAGAUCCUCACUUCGCACGAGUUCCGCCCACAGUUGAAGAACAUUGACAAAUUGCGGAAGAUAGCGCUGCCCAAG